GGUAUUGCUGCUAUUAUAAAACCACCAGUUGAGGAUGUUGUCCAAUUCUUAAAAGAACACAUACAACAUGAUAUAAGAUGUAUAGCACGAAGUACUGGUAACAAUUAUGACGAGGCGGUGCAAAUAAUCCAUUUAGUGCUUGCUGGUAUUGUAAACAACUUGGGUCAACAGGGAGGUACGUUUAGUCACAUAGGUUUGUAACUAUAAUUGCGCUGGUUUGUGACUAAUAUUAUAUUUCACUUGUUCUGUUCUUUCAAUUUUAAGUAAACACAAAUGUUUUAAGUUUUGUAUUACAUCUCGAACACGCUCAUAGGUGAUUUGGAAUUUGGACUCAAUCAUGUCUCCCGAAAGUCAAAAAUCACAACCGUAAAACUUCGAUCUGUAAGCCUGAAAAUUGCAAAGGACGUGCUUAUGCUUUAUUAAUGCUUCUGUCUCUUCGUAGAAUUGUGCAAAACAUAACUUAUGCAUGCAUAUUUGCCUUCUUUCAUAUGUGAACGUCCAUCGUGCUUUUGCGCAUCGUGCUUUGAGUUUUGACUUCGACAAUUGACAACCUUAAAUAAAAAAUACUAGCUUCAAUUAUUAGCUUCGAUUAAAUUCUUAAAUUUUAAUUAGGUAUUUGAGAAUAAUCAUGAUUUCUUAAUUAAGUCACUAUUAUAGGAAAAAUUUACUAUGAUGUGAUGAUUGUAUGCGAGAAAUGUCAUGUGUCACAUUGUCAUAUGCAUGCAUGUUCUCUAAAUAUACUUAAAAGAUGUUAACUAAGAACUUUGUUGUAGGUUACCAAAAUAUUGAUGGCAACCUGACCACCAAAGAUUCAAGAAUAGUCUGGGAAGAAGCAUUUAUGACCACUUAUUUGAAUCCUGUUCUUUCC